UAGUAAAAAUAUUAAUAAUUAUGAAUAAUAAUACGAAUGUUUUGACUAUUGGCACCGAGAGCACUGGAGAUAUAGAAAGCACAAAAACACGUAAAGAGUACUCUGUGUCUGAUUUGGAGAAGCACUUGCAGAAAAUUCUACUCAAUGGGGGCAAACCAUUAACAAAUGUUUGUGAUGAAGAAUCAGUCAGAUCAUUUUCGGCGAAAGAAAUCAAGAAGAACGGAUACUACUACGAGUUCGGUCCGUCUGAUAAGAUAAAUGGCUGGAUGAUAAGCGGACCUGCUUUUGAUGCCAAGGGCAUUCUGGGACGAUUAAAGAAGGUGAUCGGGAAGGAGUACUGGAUAUCCGACAACGUUGCUAAGUAUCCAAAGGAUUCGAGGAACUUCAUAAUCGAAACCGUUUUCAGCACUAUGGAUGAAGAAAGCUCAGAUAUUUACUCGUAUUUGUGUUAUCUAAAUGAAAACACUAAGAGGAGGUGAACCUAAUAACAUCGUUUA